AUGGCAUUCUCCUCAACUAAUUUUUUUUCUUAUUCCAAGACAUGUAAAAGACGUAAUGGGGGACGUGCUAAGCAUGGACGUGGUCACGUUAAACCAGUAAGAUGUACCAACUGUGCCAGAUGUGUACCAAAGGACAAGGCUAUCAAGAAGUUUGUGAUCAGAAACAUUGUUGAAGCUGCUGCUGUAAGGGAUAUAACUGAAGCUUCAGUAUAUACUCAAUAUGUGUUGCCAAAAUUGUAUGCUAAGCUUCACUAUUGUGUAUCCUGUGCUAUCCACAGUAAAGUUGUUCGUAACAGGAGCAAGGAGGACAGAAGAAUCAGAACUCCACCACAGAGAAAUUUCCCAGGUCGUGACAAUAGACCACAACAACAACAAACAAGGAAGUGAAAUGUAA